UCCUUUCUACUUAAAAACAAUAUUCACCUCAUCAUUGAACACCUAGGCUUGUGUUUGUGAAUUUGUGUGUGAGAGAGAGUGAAUCAAAGAGACACCUAUCACCACAAUUAGAUUGCAGAGAUGGCCUCAAUUACCAUGUCAACCUCACUCCUCAGCGGCAUAAACGUCUCCCAACGAAGAUCUGUGACUACCCAUCGCACACUAGUUGUUUCCAAUGCUGCUAGUGCUGCUGAAGUGGAACAAGUUAAGUUGAGUUGCAACAAUGAUAAGAAGACUCAGAGCAGCAGUGGAAGGAGGGACUUGAUGUUCGCAGCAGCAGCUGCUGCUGUGUGUUCCAUUGCUGGUGUUGCAGUUGCCCGUGAAGAGCCAAAGCGUGGAACCCCAGAAGCCAAGAAGCUCUAUGCCCCUGUCUGUGCUACCAUGCCAACAGCUCGUAUCUGUCGCAAAUAAGGGAAAUGAGAGUAAAAAGUGCAGCAAAGUUUGUAAUUUGUAUGUAAUUGUGUUAUUGGAAUUUGGAGAACUUUGUUAAUUAGAUCUGUUUUCUUAUAUUACCUAUUAGAUAUCACCUGACUGAGGUGUUGUGAAGAAAA